AUGGCUUCUAGUGAACGGCAUGAGCCAGAUUUACUCAGGAUGAUAUGUCAUCCUGAUGUAAUUGAAACCAUUGCAUCCUAUAUUCAUUUUAAAGACCUUGUUUCUUUAUCGUGUAUUUGUAGGAUGGCACGGCAGGUUAUUUAUGACAAUGUUCGGUGCUGGAGAGUGGUUGAUCUUGGGUAUUCUAAGGGAACUAUUUUAGAGAGAUACCAAAAUGCAAAAACAACGCAUUUGGCGACUUUUCGGACAGUACAGUAUCUUUUCCGCCGUAGUAAUAUUCCUUUUGAUUGUUUGACGGCAAUUCUGUUAGAUUUUUCGGCAAUUCAGUAUCCAGCAGUACGGUUUAUUAUUUUGCAGGCAGGGUUAGUAAAAUUGGAGAAAAUUAGCCUUCGGCAUUGUCGAUAUAUAUCUCUUAAAGAUCUAAACAGUAUUCUUGUAUCGCUUCAGCGAGCAUGGACAGGGGAAACAAGUUAUUAUAAGCAAUCAUCGUCUACGCUUGCGAUUAAGCCAUACGUUCUCAAAGAAUUGAGAGUUCGGUAUAUGAAAGGGCUUCCGAAAUGUUCCAAAGAUCUUUACUAUAAUUAUAGUCAAUACAAUCUUUUGUAUGCGUUUAGGAAUAUCGCGAAACUUUUGCGUCUGGAAACAGACGUUGAAACGUGUUCGAUGGUUUAUCCGAAUGAUAUAUGGCAUAGCAGAGAAAUAUGUAUAGAUUAUUGGAAUGAUCUUGAUCAAACGGAUUAUGAUAUAUAUUAUUCUACAGGGAACCCUUUUUUCGAUUUGAAUAAAGCAUUUCGAAAGUGUGAUGUUCACCCGGAAAUUAUAGAUUACAAGUUCUGUUCCAUUUGUCUUCAAAGUUCUCAGUGUGCGAAAUGUGGAGCAGGUGUUUGUCCUUUUUGUCAAGGGGUGGAUCAGUGUAAUUUAUUUUAUUUAAAUGCACGAGGACAAAGUUUGAGUGAGAAUGCGCCGUUGAAGCUAGGUUUUUGUCAACAAUGUGGUAUAUUGUGCAAACAGUGCAGGACUAGUAUGAUUCCCAAUUGUUUAACGUGUUUAGUGCCUUAUUGUCCGACUCAUAUGUCAUCUAAAAUUGCAUACCGCUGCGAAAUUGGCGGUGAAGGAAUGUGUAAUAAAUGUGUUUUUAAAAAGCCAUGGCUUAAGUAUUGUUUUGGUGGUUGUGGACGUAUGAUGUGCAAGAAAGAAGUAUCAGGCAAAUGUUUUAAGUGUCAAGAAAACAUUUGUUGGCAAUGCAUGAAGCUACCGGCGCCUCUUGCAUCGUCGUUUAUGAAAAUAUCUUAUACGGAUCAUUCUUCACUUUGCUCAAAUGUCAGUGAUGCUUUAAGCGAUCAGGAUGCGAAAAAUAUAGUUCCUGGGGACGAAAUGGUUCUAAUAAAAACAAUAUGUGCACCAUGCAGGGUGCUAGUUUACUUAAGGAAGCGUAAGCUAGAGUCUCGGAAAAUUUGCACGCUUUAUGGGCCAUUAGUUAAGCAGUUUAUUAAGUAUAUUAAUAGGAAAAGGCUGGCAUUGAAGCUAUACAAAUAUGCGGCAAAGCAGAGGCAACUUUGGAUCAAAAAGCUGGCUGUUUUUUACAAAAAUAGCAAAAGUAUACUAAAAUCACCGAAUAUCUCUUCUGUCAACUGCAGUAUAGACUUUAAAAACAUUUUAUCUCUCCCUCAAUACAUAAAAUUUAUUAGCAUUAUUAAACUUGCAAUUGAGAGAGAAUUAGCGAAUGGCAUAAGCAAAAAAGAAUUAGUGGAUGUAAUGAUUAGCAUAAUGAAUAAUAUGCUGAGCAGCUAA